AUGGGCAAACUUGUAGUGCAGAACUUUAGAAGGCUGCAUGAAGUGAGGUUAACCCGUUUCUACCGGAUCAUCGGGAUGGUGACGGAGUAUGACCCGGAGCGGGGGGUUGUCGGGGUUAUCAGCAUCUUUGACGGGUCGAGGUGUGAGGUGGAGCUCGACCUGGAGUGUGACGCGGACGGGACCAAGCGGCUGGACUUCCACGAGGGCCUUGUUGUCGACAUCAACGCGGUGACGGUGUCUGCUGCCGUUCUCAAGGCGAGCCGAAUCGACGUCGUGAACCUGCCUGGGUCGCUUAUCGAGUACAGGGAGACGUUGUGUGCGUUUGCGCAGAUCGGGUCCUGA